CCGCCCCAUGUAGCUAAUCCCACAUUUCUGUGACGUAAGUAGUAAUUCAACAUUUGGUCUCUGCAGUAACCUAUGCUUGUCGUUAGACUACAAUUGAUCGGGUCGUCAGACUCUGUGAACUGGCAGACUGUCUUCGUGCCCCGAUGGUGUGGAUCGCCGCUCAAGCUUUCCGCUUUCCCAGUUUUUCCCAGACUUGCAACACACAGGAGCUUCGAACGUCACUGGAAACAUUCUGGCUUAUUUAUAUUUUCGUUAAAAGUCUCUGAAUAUUUGCUUUCGUGCCUUUUCUUUUGUUUAUAAAGUUUCUUUAACAAUCACCAGUGUCUUUAUUGACUUUUCUAGAUCAAUAGAACAUGUCAACAUGCGAACAUGUGUAUAAAAAUACCAUUGCAUGUAUAUUGAAGUAAACCGCUACAUAAUCCGUGCAGUUGAUGACUAGGCAUGUUAUUAACACUUGUUUAAAUUACCAAUCGGCUCCCAUAGCUUACUCAGAAAAAAUAUGUCUCACUCUUAUCAUUGGGGUAGACUUUCCAACAAAUGUCAUGCAUUUCAGGGUUUAAAAAAACCAAACUUAACAAAGAACAAAAUGGCGAGAAUUUUGAUGAAAGCAAUUGUUUGAAAUUUUGAACAACAUGUACUUUCUAUUCAAUUACCCAAAAGGCCAUAUUUCUAUUAUCCACAAGUCCUAUAGAUGUUUCAGAAAAUUAUUUCAAUUGGACAAUGGCGGCAUGGCUGCCGCGGAAUAAUCACGACUCGUAACUUACAGAGUAGCGUCCCUUUGAACAGACAACGUCACUAUGGCGACGUUUUCAUUCGUCAUCCACGUUCGCCGAAUGUGCACGCGCAAAGAACACCGUCUCUACUUUUGUUGCCAAUAGAUUGUUUUAUACAUCUCCCGGACUUAUCAAACUCUUCCCAAACAGAAGAUUAUGUCUGCAGCCCUUAAACUUGGUCUUGCGGCCUACCUGUCGACAUCAGGCACUGGGGUACGGAGACUCCCUUCGACCGUCGCCGGACAUAACGCCCGACAGUUGUUAGAAGCAAUGGAUACGCUGCCUGCAUUUGGACCGAGUCAGUUCAGCAUCUUCGGGGAAGAGGCAAUGGACACACAACCUUACACAGGGCACAGCCAGUUCAGUAUAUUUUCGAACAAUGACAUGGACACAGCACCUGCGAUGGGACAUGGGCAGUUCAGCAUCUUUGCCAAGCCUCAAAGUUGGAAGAAUGUGAGCGGCACGUUUGGUACCAUGAAUCUGAGCCACAUCCUGAAGACAGGGCACUGAAGUUCACCUUCAUAACUCAAGUACAAGGCGGAUCGGCACAGACGGACAUUGCCGUGUGUAUAGGACCGACCUUGACCUUGCCUUGUGUACAGGAGCGACACUUGGGUGCAUAGAUGAUCUUCAUAGGUAUAAUAACAUUGUAUCUGUAUUGAUCAUCUUUGAGGGAAAUGAUGGACUUGUGUUUCAAAGAAUGGCUAAAAUUGUAUACAUGUUAUUGAGAGUUGUGUCUGGCCAUUUGAUGUAGUGAUGAGGUUGGAGUGACUGGUUCUUAAAGGUUGGGGAUGAUGUGAGAGAAGAUGAGAGUGGAUGGGUUCGGUUUGGACAGGCAGCAUGGAGCAGGUUCGGAUGGGGAAGUAAAGGAUGUUGGGCUGGGUUAGGACUAGAGGACGAGAGAAUUGAUGACUAGAAGUGUGUGGUAGUGUGUGGUGUUUCUAAGUGAGUUAGUAUUUAAGGAAGGGGGGAACUAUGGGGUAGGGACGUGGAAUGUGUCUGGGUUACGACAGUGGGUGAAACAGUGCAAUUAUCAAGGUAGCUUGUUUCCAUUUGUAUUUAGUAUUUUAUGUAUUUGCUGUUGAGCAAUACAAUUUUACCACAUAACCACAGCAAUGUACAUAUUUUGUGUAUAUACUCUCACAUAAACAUUAUGUGAUUUAUUUAUAGUGCUAUAUUGUUCCAUGUUGUUAUUACUAUAUGUUUAUUGAUAAAAAUCUUAUUUAAAAAACUAUGUUGGUAUGUUCUUAAAAAUAUCAAACAUGUGAUCCAUAAAUAGUACUAUUGUUAUGCAUGUUUAUUAUUCCUUUACAUUUAUUGAUUAUUAUAUUGAUAUUUGAAUAAAAAGAGCAUCCUACAUAACCUGUGAGUUUAUAUAUGUAUAAUGCUGUGUAGUAGAAUAUAUCCACCUUAUACUUAAUGAAUAAUGUGUGCAGAUGGAUUCUGUACAAUAUGAUGCAUGUGAUCUACGAUGUAAUACUGUUGUUACACAUUGUAAUUAUUACUAUACAUCUGUUGAUGUUUGUAUUGUUAUUUAUCAAUAAAGCUUAUUGCAUUGUG